UCACUGUUCUCUAAUUGGCAGUAUUAUUACGUUAUACAUUCAUAGGACACAGGGUAAAAGUUAUAACAUUAACCAGAUUAAAAUAUUUAUACACAAAUGAUGGUUACAUAUUUACGUAAUAAAUUUUUUUUAAAUUAUGGGUUAUCUUAAAAUUCAUUUAUUUUUCUGUUCAAUUUGUAUUAUAUUCCAGGGUAUUUUACUACUUAUCAGCUCUUCAGUUUUAGCAAUUCUCUUAAUAUUGUUUGUUGCUAUCAAACGAAUUCAUCGUGUUCAUUUAAAAUCGAAUCAUUUUGAAUCACAUGUUCAAAAUUUUCAAAUGACAUCAUUUGAUAUUAAUUCAUUAAAACAAAUGAAUAAAUUUCAAGAUGGAAGAAAGUUAGAAACUAGCGCUGAAAAAUUAAGAAAUUCAAAAUUGAAUGAUUAUAAUUCUCAAACGAUAAUAAAUGAUCAUCAUCAUCAACAUCAACAACAACAAUAUGAAAAUGAACAGAAAGUUCAACCAAUACGAAUUACACCGAAUCCAUUUGUUAAUCAAUCUAAUAUGAAAGAAUAUGAAGCAAAAACUAUUUUGUUGGAUGAAAAACGUUAUGAUGCCUCUUUGAAUAUGUCAUCAUCAAUAUAUAAUAAUCUUAAUAGUGGAUCACCAAUUGUAUGUAAUCCAACAAUUCAAUUAUAUGAAAAUCCAUUAAGAUCUGAUGAAGAAGAUGAUGAUGAUUUUCAAUGUUCAUGCAGUGAAAAUAAUACUGAUGAUCAUGUAAAUUUAAAUAAUUAAUUGAAGAAAUAAAAAAUAAUUCUAAUUAUGAAAAUGAAAAGUAUCUGAAUGAAUUCAACAAAGAAGGAGAUGAUGUAGAAGAAGAAGAAGAAAAACAACAACAACUCAUAUAAGACAACAUGGACACAUUGACUUUCUUUACUGUACUCAUUUGUUUCUGAUAAUUAUGGUAAAUGAUCUCUAUAAUGGCAUUUAGUUUAGGCUUAUUUUUCAUUCUUGUUAAGUCAAUAUGUUUACUUAUUAUUUAUUCAUUUCAUUGAUCAAGUUACUUAUCAAAUUUCCUCUUUUUUCUCAAUAUUUUCAAUAUGUUCCCUUAUCGGUGAUCUUGGUCGUAAAAAGAAAAAAAUUCUCUAUCAUCAUUUAUUGUUUGCCCUUUUUACCCCCUACCAUCACUACCACCACCCAUAUCUGUAUUACUCACACAUUACAUUUUUGCACUGUUUUCAAUAUUUUGGUAAUCAUAGUCAUACAUGAUUAGUUUCAAAGUACCAUUCACUAUCUGCAUGGCAUUUAUUUGUUAUUUAAAAGCAAAGAACUAAUUUUUUUCAUUUUGCUGGGGUU